AUGAAGUUUGAAGCUGAGCACGAGGAAUGUAUUCGUGUGUUGCCGUAUGAAAAAGAUGGUCACGUUGUGGUUCAGUUAUAUGUGUAUAGUAGGGAGUCAGGUAUACCAAAAGAUUUAAAGGAAGAAGCCCGAACGUUUUUUGUAGACAUGAACGUGAAACUGGAAUGGUUAGAUCUGUAUAACAACAGCGUCAACAUACUGAAUGUUCAACGACUCGAGUAUUCAUUUGGCGAACCCAAGUCACUGACUGCUUCUCAGGUUGAUGAAAUGAAUGAAGUGAUUGAAAAUAAUCUUCCUGAACUUUCUAAGCACCGCAAUGUAACCUCUGUGCAGGCCUCUUUCAAAAUCACAAAUUUUAAGCAAACAGGUAAGCCCUGUAUUACGAUUUAUGUGCUCGGUAAGGGCCUAAUUCCAUUUGGCGAGUCUGCAUUUCCAGAUUACGUUGACGGGUACCCCGUGGAUGUUGUGAAUGGAUUCUGGAGAAGAGCCAUAUUCAUUAACACCCAAGAGAGUCAAAGAGAGGCACAAGAGCAACACGACGUGCUUAAAUUAGGAGCAAGCAUUGGCGUAAAGGAAAAGCUAGCAUCGGGGACACUAGGUGCUGUUGUGAAGAGCGGUACCACUUUUUAUGCUCUGUCUUGUGAUCAUGUAAUGAAAUCGGAGAAGUCAAAAGAUAUUGUUCACCCUGGACUUUAUGACCACCUAAAGUAUCUGAAAUCUUCCUUGGAAGGAUAUAUAAGUUGGGUAGAUAAAAUAACUGGCUUGGAAACCAAGUGUUCACUUGAAACUCUUUCAUCGGAAGGUGAACUGAUAAAGAAAUUCGAAGAGAUGAAGUCCAUAAAACAAAAAAACGCCGACUGCAGGAGGUCCACCAAGAGAAAUCUGAAUAAUAUUGCAAUUGUUGAGAAAGCUUUUGAAGAAAAGCUAAAUAACCCGCCAAGAAAAAUAGGAGAGUACGUCGAUGGUUUCAAUGAUAAUGUUGAAUGGACUGAUGGCAACGAAUAUUAUAUCGAUGCUGCCAUUGCAAAGUUGUCUGACACGGAAGUGGAAGGAUUAAAAGAAAGUUGGUCAGCUGAAAUGUAUGGAUCUUAUUUCAAACCAGGGAGUGAAUGCACUUCCGCAGCAAAUCAAGCCAUAUUGAACGCCAACAAACUUUGUAAGAGUGGGCGAACAACGGGAUAUACCGAGAUUGACAACAAAAUUUUAGGAGCUGUUAAGCCGCCGCAGUUUAUACUGGAACGUGCAGAGAGUAUAUUCGACGGUCCAUUCCUCACUUCUUCAGCGAGUGUGUACUUUUGUGAACACUGUGGACGACGCUGUGUCGUUCAAUAUGAAAGUGGAGCACCUCGUCACUGUAGUAAGUGUAAACGAAUCGAAAAAAGGAUGCAUCAGAACCUUUGGUUUAAAAGGUGCUUGUGCAUCCAACAAGUACCAGAAAGGCCUUUUGCAUGCAGUGGGGAUUCUGGAUCGGUGAUAUUCGAAAUGACAGAAGAAAACAACCUCAAAGGUCUUGGUAUUCUCUUCGGUUUACUAGAGCAUCAAUAUCAUGAUUUUAUUUUGGCAUCACCAUUGCAAGUUGUUCUAGAAGCUUUGACCAAUAAACUCCCAGCUGGCAGUGGCAGCUUAGAACUGGUUUCAAAGUAUGCGUAUUAA